UAUACGCCAACCUCUGUACUUCAUCAUUUUCUAAUAAAAAUCAAACCCAUUUCACAUUUCUAAAAAACAAAUCAUUUUACAUCUCAGGCAUGUACCAAACAUUAAAAAGUUUCAACCUUUAGCCUUUUGGGUGUUUGGAUAUUUCUAAUUUGCGUGUAAUUAUCAUUUUACAAGUUUUUAGGUGAUUAAAGUUUAGAAGACAAAUUGAGCAGUUAUGAAGUGUUUUGGGUUCUCUUACACCGAGAAAAAGGGCGAAACGUUAAAAACUCCAACAAAAUCGAUUUCUGCUCAUUCAUCCAGUUCUAUAUUUACAGAUCGUGAUAUUCGACGGUCUGGGUCAGAAUUCACCUCUCAAAAUGUCUCUGAUCUUAGCAUGGAAUCAUCCGGAAGCACAAAUUUUCCUAGUUUUUCUCUAAGGACGAGUAAUCUUAGAUUGUUCACGUUUUCUGAGCUCAAGACAGCUACCAAGAACUUUAGCCUGUCAGCAAAGAUCGGAGAAGGUGGGUUCGGGAGUGUCUACACUGGUAUCGUCAAGAACCCUCGAGAUCAUACUAAAGGGAUUAAAGUGGCCGUAAAACAGCUGGGUAGAACAGGAUUACAGGGACACAAAGAGUGGGUAACAGAGGUGAAUGUUCUCGGAGUGGUUGAGCAUCCAAACCUUGUCAAGUUAAUUGGUUAUUGUGCAGAAGAUGAUGAAAGAGGAAUACAGCGGCUUCUAGUCUAUGAGUAUAUGCCAAAUAGAAGUGUGGAGGAUCAUUUAUCUUCAAGGUCUGGUGAAACUCUCUCGUGGGCCAUGAGACUGAAGGUUGCUCAAGAUGCUGCUCGUGGUUUAACAUAUCUACAUGAAGAAAUGGACUUUCAGAUUAUUUUCAGAGAUUUCAAAUCUUCCAACAUUCUUCUUGACGAAAAUUGGAAUGCUAAGCUUUCAGAUUUUGGAAUGGCUCGGUUAGGUCCCCAAGAAGGUCUCACCCAUGUCUCAACUGCGGUUGUUGGAACCAUGGGAUACGCAGCUCCAGAGUACAUCCAAACAGGGCAUCUCACAUCCAAGAGUGACUUAUGGGGCUAUGGUGUCUUUCUAUAUGAACUUAUCACCGGAAGGCAUCCAUUGGAUAAAAACCGUCCCAAGAAUGAGCAGAAACUUCUAGAAUGGGUGAAGCCCUACCUAGACUCCAAAAAGUUCCGUUUAAUCAUUGAUUCAAGACUUGAGGGUAAGUACUCACUAAAAUCAGCACAAAAGUUGUCCAUUAUAGCCAAUAGAUGCUUGUCUAGAAACCCAAAAUCAAGGCCAAAGAUGAGUGAGGUUCUUGAAAUGGUUAACCAACUCAUUGCUGGUCCGUCACCCAACAGUCCUGCACCACCUAUCAGAAGUUCAGUGCCAGUGGGUAUCGAGCCAAAGAAUGUUUUUGUGGGUUCCAACCAGAAUAGAAAGACUCCCGAAGACACUAGAAGUAAAGCAGAAAGGCGGUCUCCUAAUGUUCAACCUGCAGAACCCGCUUAUCUUUCUAGAGUCUGCCGUCCAAAGCUUUUAUCAACAUGCUGAAUUAAAGUUCGUAAGGAUGAGUUUUGCAGCGUAUGGUAGCAGAUGAUGUUAUUGUCCUUGUUGACCGAUGUACAGAAAGGUGUGCCUUGGUUAUCAAAUGAGGUAAAAGGGCUCAAAUACUGUAGGGAUUUGCUUGUAUCUUAGAUACAAGUGAAGUAACUUGUGUAGCCUGUGUAUUAUAGUAAGUUGUAUGAGUCUAUCCGUAGAGCACUUGUACAUUUGAUUUCGGCAUGAAUUGCUUGGCUGUACAUUGAUUCGGAAAUGUCGGGAUCAGACCCAAACUGCUUUGUGUUG